AUCAUUCACGUCACAGACUGAGGGAGAUGAGGCUGGAACAGGAUAAUAGCCUCUAAAUCCCCUUCUCUAAGCACUCAGAUCUUCCCUGUCAGCAAGAUUAAAACGGUCAACAGCAGUCUUCGUGUGUCUGUAUCUCACACUGAGCUUUCACAACUGGAGUGGUGGCUGGCGGGGAGGAAAAUGCAGAACUGCUGCUGCGCUUGAUGCUGCUGAGAUAGGAAGAGAAGAAAGCAGAACUGUCAGCCUUUGUGGUUUUACAAAGGAUUGGUGCUAAUUUCUCAGUCAGGUGAAUGCAAAGAAAGGAGAAGAGUAAGAAAAAUCAUUAUGUUGCAGUUUAACCAGAGGGGGCAGCUUCUAUUCCCAAAACAUAAAGUAGAAGAGAGAGAAGCAUCAAAUGCUCUCCCACCGUCUGACAAGGGGAACGAAAAUGAAAGCAUGCAUUUAGACAAGCAGAGUGGCUUUUCUGCUACUACUCGAUUGAGCUCCCAGCCCCUACUGCUCCUGGGACCCGAGGGGAAUUACAACUAUUAUGUGGAUGAUGAAGACGAGGAAGAGGAAGAACAAGGAAAGUGGCCAAACGGAGACUCAUUUGAGGGAGAAAACAAGCUCUCUUCAUCCAUUCCUUGCUCCCCUUCUCUUUCCGCUGAAGCCCCGGCUACGGCUUCCACCUCAUCAAUGCUGAACAUCAACGUCGGCGGCCAAAGCUACCGCCUCACCUACCAGGCGGUGGCCAUCUACCCCAAGACCCGCCUGGGCCGUCUGGCAACUUCCACUGACCGCCACUGCCAGCUGGGCCUGUGCGAUGACUACGCCGCGCAGGUAGACGAGUAUUUCUUUGACCGGGACCCGGCUGUCUUCCAGCUGGUGUACAACUUCUACGCCUCGGGGGUGCUGCGUGUGCGGGACGAGCUGUGCCCCUGCAGCUUCCUGGAGGAGCUGAGCUACUGGGGCGUGCGGCUCAAAUACACGCCGCGCUGCUGCCGCAUCUGCUUUGAGGAACGCCGCGACGAGCUCAACGAGCAGCUCAAGGUGCAGCGCGAGCUGCGCUCCCAGGCCGAGACCCAGGAGAACGAGCAGCUCUUCCACCACAUGCGCUACUACGGUCCCCAGCGCUGGCGCCUCUGGAACCUCAUGGAGAAGCCCUUCUCCUCCGUCACUGCCAAGGUGAUGGCCGUGGCCUCCAGCUUCUUCGUGCUCAUCUCCGUGGUGGCCCUGGCACUCAACACUGUGGAGGAGAUGCAGCAGGUGGACAGGAAGAGCGGGGAGAGCCGGCCCGUCCUGGAGCACAUUGAGACGCUGUGCAUCGCCUUCUUCACGCUGGAGUACCUGCUGCGCCUGGUCUCUACCCCCGACCUGCGCCGCUUUGCCAGCAGCGCGCUCAACGCUGUAGACCUCAUCGCCAUCCUGCCCCUCUACCUCCAGAUGCUGCUGGAGUGCUUCGCUGACGAUGACCAGCCCCGAGGCCGGGGCUCUCAGCACGAGCACGACAUCGAGAAGGUGGGACGGGUGGGCAAGGUGGGACAGGUGCUUCGCAUCAUGCGCCUCAUGCGUAUCUUCCGCAUCCUCAAGCUGGCCCGGCACUCCACGGGGCUGCGUGCCUUCGGCUUUACCUUGCGCCAGUGCUACCAGCAGGUGGGCUGCCUUUUCCUCUUUAUUGCCAUGGGCAUCUUCGCCUUCUCCGCCAUGGUCUACACCGUGGAGCAUGAUGUCUCCAGCACCAACUUCACCAGCAUCCCCCAUGCCUGGUGGUGGGCUGCCGUCAGCAUCUCUACGGUGGGAUAUGGCGAUAUGUGCCCAGAAACUCACCUCGGCCGCUUGUUUGCUUUCCUCUGCAUUGCUUUUGGCAUAAUCCUGAACGGGAUGCCCAUCUCUAUCCUCUACAACAAAUUCUCAGACUAUUACAGCAAGCUGAAGGCCUACGAGUACACGGCUCUCCAGAAAGAAAGGGGGAAGGUGGACUUUAGACGGAGAGCGAUGAAGAAGAUAUCCGAGUGCUGCGGAGAAGGCACGACCCACGAUUUGCCACGACACCGACGCAGCUAGUGCGUUGUACAUCAGGAGGGCACAGGGGAGCUGAAGGAGCAAAACAGACCCACCAAGUCAAGCGAAGACAAAGAAGUUGAAAAGCCUGCGAGUAACAAAGGUAGAUGGUGAAAUCUUUUUGGAAGAGGGGCUGUUGGAAAAAAGCAGAAGCCUCAGAGUCCUCGGGGAGAUCUGGGGAGCUGGGGCUUUGCUGGGCUGGGGGCAGCACUUACUGCUCGGCUGCUGUCGGAGAUGGUGGGCGUCAGCUCAGCUGUGCGGAGGGUCUGAAACCAGGCCCCCCCCCGAAAUGUAGCCCCCAGCUGCUGCUGAGACCCACAAUAAACACCCACCAUGCCCGAACCACAGCAAAGCCGGCUGCUACCGCUCGGGGUCAGCUGCUCGACCAGGGUCCGCGCAAUCAGUCUCAAAAGUCAAGCAAACGUAGAACACCCUGUACAUUGACUGCGUGGCUGAAAUCGGUUUUCCAUCAGCUUUCAAACCCAGGAAAACAGCAUUUACCUGCAUAUUAGCAGCAUCUAUACUCCUUAAGCUUUCAGUUCCUAUUUACACUGUCACAUAGCUAUGGCUCUGUGUGCCAAUUUUACUUGUCAAACGCAGCACUGCAAAUUGUCAUGCUUAGGUGAGCAACACAUUGGUUGGUUUGUCUAUUUCCACCCCACCACCUCCAUAAUGAGCUUUCAUAAUGGUAAGAACUAGUGAAGAAAUCUGGAGUUGGAGCUGAUUGAUAAACCGCAUUGAUCAAUUUCCAAAGCAUUUCCAGGCCAAAAGCUUUUUCAGGUUUAGAAUUAAGUGAUAAAAUAAAUCUAUGUUACAAUGUUUAGUGCAUCUUCUUAUUGAGUUGUUAGAAUAAUAACGGGUCUGUCGUGGGACAUAAAUGUUAGAGCAAUGUUCUGAAAAACUAUUGGAAUUAAACAUGUAAUGGAUAAUAGCUCAUAAAAAAUUUUCUUAAGAAGGAUCUUAUCAGUACUUAUUUGUAACAGUUUUUAAAUACAGUUUGAACAUGA